GAAGCCUGAAUGCCCACAAGAAAGGACUGCUAUUUGAGUGAGUUGGACUUCUUCCACCAGAGAGAGAUUUGAAGGCUGGGAAACUCAGCAUCCAUCAUGUGGAACACCUCUGAUGCCAACUUCUCCUGCUACCAUGAGUCUGUGCUGGGCUAUCGUUACGUGGCAGUUACCUGGGGGGUGGUAGUGGCUGUGACAGGCACCGUGGGCAACGUGCUCACCCUACUGGCCUUGGCCAUCCAGCCCAAGCUCCGUACCCGCUUCAACCUGCUCAUCGCCAACCUCACGGUGGCCGAUCUCGUCUACUGCACCCUUCUCCAGCCCUUCUCAGUGGACACCUACCUCCACCUGCACUGGCGCACCGGUGCCACCUUCUGCAGGGUCUUUGGGCUCCUCCUUUUUGCGUCCAACUCUGUCUCCAUCCUCACCCUCUGCCUCAUCGCCCUGGGACGCUACCUCCUCAUUGCCCACCCUAAGCUCUUUCCCCAAGUUUUCAGUGCCAAGGGCAUUGUGCUGGCACUGGUGAGCACCUGGGUGGUGGCUGUGGCCAGCUUCGCUCCUCUCUGGCCAGUCUAUAUCUUGGUGCCCGUAGUCUGCACCUGCAGCUUUGAUCGCAUUCGAGGCCGGCCCUAUACCACCAUCCUCAUGGGCAUCUACUUUGUGGUUGGGCUCAGCAGUGUCGGUGUCUUCUAUUGCCUUAUCCACCGCCAGGUGAAGCGAGCAGCACAGGCGCUGGAUCAGUACAAGCUGCGCCAGGCGAGCAUCCGCUCCAACCACGUGGCUGGGACAGUGGAGGCCAUGCCUGGUCAUUUCCGGGAGCUGGACAGCGGGCUGGCAUCAGGAGGGCCCAGCGAGGGGAUUUCAUCUGAGCCAGUCAGUGCUGCCACCACCCAGACCCUGGAAGGGGACUCAUCAGAAGUGGGGGACCAGAAUAACAGCAAGGCAGCUAAGCAGAUGGAAGAGAAAAGCCCUCCAGGAGUGCCUGCCAAGGCCAGGACAACUAAAAGAGACCAGAGAGGUCAAGACUCUCCAUCAGAGUUUGGGAAGGUGACUCGGAUGUGUUUUGCUGUGUUCCUCUGCUUCUCCCUGAGCUACAUCCCCUUCCUGCUGCUCAACAUCCUGGAUGCCAAGGUCCAGGCUCCCCGGGUGGUCCACAUGCUUGCUGCCAAUCUCACCUGGCUCAAUGGUUGUAUCAACCCUGUGCUCUAUGCAGCCAUGAACCGCCAGUUCCGCCAAGCCUACGGCUCCCUCCUAAAACGAGGGCCCCAGAGUUUUCGUAGGUUCCAUUAGAACUGUGUUCCCAGUCACCAGAAUCUGGGACUGUCUCCUCCAGGACUAAGGUGGCCAGCUGGUAGGAGAGUACAUGAAAGUAAGACAUGUGGGAAUUUCUACAGACAACCUCUCCCCAAGCCCCAAAUCAGGCCUCUCCACCCCUCGCUCAACAUUUCAGCCCUAGGCUGCUCAAGGUGCAUUAUUAAUUAUUAAUAAACAAAUUCCAUCCUUUUCA